AAAUAUAUGGUCUACGAAUUCGGUUCCGUUUACGAUAAUACCCAUUAUCUUAAAUGUGAUUAGAAUUUGUUUUGAUAAGUUAUCAGUGUCCAUUGUUUGCACGGACGGGGAUAUCGUUUGAACCAGUAAUAGUUGAAAAUUACCUUGGGAAAGUGCCAAGACUAAUUACGGGACGUGCUCGUGUUGUGAAAAGUGAAAAAUGAAAUCAAGAUUUCCAUUUUCAUUAGAAAACAUCCCGAGGCAGACAAGUUUUGCGUGCCUGUCUCUGAAAUUUGGCAGCAUAUUAUCUGCUCUUAUUCUAAUUCUGUAUUCAAUAUUCGCCUUAGCACAAUGUCUCGCUGCAUUGAACGUGCUGCCGCUAGACUGGACUUCAGAUGACAUACAGAGCAUGAUGUCCACCGGCUUCGUCGUGGUCGUGACCAUUGCGCACACUGUCACACUGUUCCUUAGCACAUUAAUGCUUAUUGGAGUUUUAAGGGAAACAGCGAGUCUCAUGAAGCCCUGGGUGAUCUGGACUUCUCUCCAAGUGUUGGUUUCGGUGCUGGCGUUUGUAUACUGGACCACCUUGACUAUGAUAAAAUAUAACGAUAAUUCACUUUUGAUCUACGUGGUCGAGUUUUUAGGAUUAAUGAUUCGUUUCUACAUGCUAAUGAUAGUGGCGAGCUUCUACAGGCAACUGGAGGAAAGGUUUAUUGAAGAAACCAAACACCUAAGAGAUUUAGUGAAUAAUGAAAAUUGGUACAGCACAGCGUAAUUUUUUUAGAAUUUUAUAAAAU